AAAGCGUUGUGGCUGUGACAGGACACGGGGAGGUUGUGUAUGCUCCUUUGUCAUGCGCUUCCCGUUUAUGUACUCAGCGCUUAGGCCUGUACUCUCCGGCCGCUCUGUGCGCUCGGGCUGCGGCUGUCUGCUCCUUUGAACCCGAGGUGGUUGGUGAUGAUGAGUGGAGAGCACCUUAGAGCCGCGGGAUCCGAGGAAAAAUGACACGGACUAUGGAACCACGCGUGUCGGGGAAUUUCCACGGCGCCGCCAGAGACAUACCCGCGAGCUACGGAGCGUUCUUCGGAGCUUCCUGGUCGCUCUCGUCUCCAUCUGAACCAAAAAGCAAGGCGUCUAUCGGUCAGAUUGCAAGGGACCGUUGGAGAGGCACCGUCACGUGACCCCCGGUACCAAAUGGUCUUCCGGGAGUGGUGCACAGCAAGGACCGGAGCAGCACACGCAGUCGCCCCUCCCUACCUCCGCACCCUCUCCUCCUCUUCCUCACCCUCCACCUCCUCACCAUGCAGAAGACCUCCUACUACGACAACCCCUCCACGCUGUUUGGGGGCGGGUAUGCAUCCUACCAGGUGCCCGGGGGGAGCGGAGGGGGCGUUGCUACGGGCCCGGCCAAUGGCUAUGUGGGCGGCUACGAUGGUCCGGUGCCAGGUGCGGUCUCCCAUCACCCAGCAAACUUCCAGUCCGGCAAUGCCCACUUGGAGGCGGAGUCCUACCAGCGUGCCGCGUGCUCACUGCAAGCACUAGGGGGCAGUAGCAGUCACCAAGCGCUGGCAAAGAGCAAAGAGUUGAAUGGGAGUUGCAUGGGUGCCCAAGUUUCUCCGCCAAUAUCUUCAAAUACGACGAGUAAUAGCAGUGGCGGUGCACAGCAGCAAGGGGGCGCCACGGGAACGGCAAAAGCGUCCGCGACCACGAAGAGUGCGUCGAAUUCCAGCUCAUCCACGGCGUCUUCCACCUCCUCCUCGUCUUCGUCGCUGCCCCCGAACCCGGCACUAGCCAAGCAGAUCUUUCCCUGGAUGAAGGAAUGCCGGCAGACCACCAAGCAGAAGAAUGGGUCGCCUACUAGCACGGCGGCUAACGCCUCAGCAGCAGCAGCGGGCGACAGCGCCAGUCCUGGAGAGAAGAGUCCCACCGGAGGCUCCUCAGCCUCGUCCAAGCGAGCGCGGACGGCCUACACCAGCGCUCAGCUGGUGGAGCUGGAGAAGGAGUUCCACUUUAACCGCUACCUGUGUCGGCCGCGCCGUGUGGAGAUGGCCAACCUGCUCAACCUGUCAGAGCGACAGAUCAAAAUCUGGUUCCAGAACCGCCGCAUGAAGUACAAGAAGGACCAGAAGUCCAAGGGCCUGAGCUCCAGCUCUGGAGGCCCGUCUCCUACGGGCUCCCCUCCCCUCACCAUGCAGUCCACCGCGGGCUUCCUCAACUCCAUGCACCCCAUGGGCGGAGGUGGCUAUGAUGCGCCCUCUCCCCCUUCCUUCAGCAAGCACCAGGGAGUGUCCUACUCCAUGCCCACUGCCUACUCCAACGUCCCCAUGAAGGGCUGCCCCCCCCAGCAGAAGUACGGAGCUCCGGACCCCGACUAUGACCCUCACCCACACCACAGUUUAGUACAGACCAACAGUGGCGGCUACGGCACGCCCAACAACAUGCAGGCUAGCCCCGUGUAUGUGCAGGGAGGGGGAUACGUGCAGGAGCCCAUGGGGGGGUCCGGGGCAUCUAUGUACGGUCUGAACCACCUGGGCCCCACGCCCCCCCUCCACCAGACCAUGGACUAUAAUGGAGCAGGGCCAAUGGCCAACCAGCACCACGUGGGUGGGGCCUGUGACCCCCCCACACACCCCACCUACACCGAGCUGUCGGCGCACCACUCCUCUCAGGGCAGAAUCCAGGAAGCACCCAAGCUCACGCACCUGUAGCAGGUUUGACCCACCUGUACCACAUAGACUCUGUCAGACUGUAGCAGCGCAGAGACAAAGAGGGGCCGCAGGGGCCACUGUGCACUGAGGGGCUGUAAACACUGCCACCAUGGCCCAUACUGGCACAAGCUCUCCUCACAUGUGGAGGUGUAUAAUGCCAGGACAUACCUCCUACCGCCCGUCUGUAAUGUUAACACAUAAAAACCCAAUCCUUUAAAUCCUCAGGCCUUCCUCAGUACUGGUCUGAGCACAGAGCGCUGCUGUGGACAGUGAGGUGUGAAGAGAGAGGCACAUCAACGCUCCUCUGCUCCUGACUCUUCACUUUCCCAAGGCAGCUCAAAAUCUGAUCAUUAGCUGACAAAAGCACAUAGCAGCCCCACUCUAACCCAGCCGGCUGUAGACAUCUUAGUAUAUGUUUAAUAAAAAGCUCAGAGCCAUAGCCCGCCUCAUCCACCUCCCUCCUCUUAAAUUACAUAGUUGAGAUUUUAAUGGCCACUUAACGAUGUACUUAGAUUUACGACGCCCACACAUGCAGUCUCUCUGUCCUGCAGGCUGCAAAGGCGGUAGUCCAACCUCCCUCCUCAGUCUCUCCACCCAACACCACCGACCCCCCCUCAGACGCAUUACACCCCUGGGUGCCCCUCUCUCUCUGCCUCUGCCCUCACUUUACCUGUUGUUAACAGUAAAUCUUUGGCUGGAGUUGUGGUUUCGCUCAGCGGUACGGCACUAGUAUGGUUUCAGACGGUAUGGCAUGGUUGUCUACAAACUUAAUCAAAUUUGCAAUCAGGAAAUGGUACUUUGGGAUACCAUAUUUGGCACAUUUGGGAUUGUGUGCGUGUGAUGUCAUAAGAUUCUCAAAAAGUGAAUUGUUUGAAAAUGCUCCUAAUCCUAAUGCUUUGGUUUUGAUCUGUUUUAUGGUUAGUAUCUCUGUUAUUACAUGGACUUUUCACAAGAGACAAAAACUGGUGCAAAGUUAGAUUUUGUUCUUUAACUAAGGCGAUGUUCCCUGUAGCGUCAAAGAUUCACUGAAUCAUGGAGAGUUGAUUGGUAGCAAUUCACAGGAAUAAAUACUUCAUUAACUAUUGUACUACUAAUAUUGGUCUACUUCUUGUAUUUAAAAUUUGUAAAUAUUUUAGAACACAAAUGCUACCUUUAAGUAAUAAGAAUGUACAAAUUAAAACAUACUUUGCCUUCUUGACAAUUGAAACCUGUCAAGACCAUGCCAUACCAUGCCAAAGCGUGCCAAACCGCCCCCCGAAACCCCUCCUCAGCCUCCUUCCUGUCUGUGGCUCUUCCAUUGUUUUAAGUACAUUACCCACAAUCCUCCACAGACCAGGCCCCGUGCACACACAGGUCCAUCAACACUCCCUCUCUCACUGAUUUUACAGGGUUUAGCUUGAAAGCUCAACAAAACGCUAGCUGUUUUUUGGCUAACACUCAGCAAGGCGGGUUAGCUAGUAAUGCAGACACGGGCUAAGCUAGCUUCCUCACGCUGACACAUGUAGCUAGCUGUUGACAUCUCCAAACAAACUCACGGUCGGACACCUUAAUGUUCUUUUUAGCACAUCAUCGACACAGGGUAUACAUAGUGGAGAACACUAUUUAUUUAUUAUUGACUUGGGUGAGUUUUGCCCUCCCUCCUUCCUGCUAGCUCUAGAUCACUAUGGAAGGGUAUAUUUCCAGGGCUGAAAAUUCAAAAGGCAAAAAAUUGAGACAAAUAUUUAGUUGAAAUAAAGUAAAGUAUUCACAUUAACUCAUUUUAGAUUUAAAUUGCAAAAAUAAUCUAUAAAUAAUGCCGUGUCAAAUUAAGUGCAUAUUACCAUUGUAUGAAAUGGUUUGUUUUUUGUUUUGUUUUUUGUUUUUCAGGUGGAGGGUCAGUCACAUGCUUGUCUCCAUGGAGAUUGUAAUUGCAUUUACUUUAAUGUUCCGCAGUAUGGCAUUAAACUAGCCAAUCUUGCAUUUAUUCAGUUCCUACGGUUUUAUUUAUAUCAAUAUUAUAUAUGAAAAAAAAAAUGUAUUAAAAAUAUCUUGAAUAAGUGGAGAGAUCCGACCUGUAAUUUGACUUGAUGGCCUCACAUGCUUGUUUCCAUGGAGAUCGGUUUUACUUAUUUGAAAAGGGACAUUGCACAUUAAUCAAUGUUAAACAAUGAAAAUGUGCCAAGAUUUGCUGACUGUAGCCAAUUGUUAGAGUUUUGAAAUUUAUUUUUAAGAUUUUUGCCUCACUGUGGAACAUUUCAGGUUAAGUAAUUUCAUCGACACGGAGACAAUAGGUGGCGGACUUUCUAUUAAAAAGGUUACCUAGUGCAUCUUUAACAGACAUUACAAAUACUAUGAAUAGGUAGAAAGAGUUUUGAAUCUUCAUAUGGGAAAUUUGAGAUUUUAGCACAAAAUUAUUAUUACGAAUCAGUUUUUUGCCUCUAACCUUUGCCCUUUGGAUCUUCAGCUUUGGUUUUGACAUUAGCGGACAGCGGUGACAGUGGGUUGGUCCCAGUUUUCUAAUGUUUGUUUCACAUAUCUUGACUUUUAACGUGGAUACAGGGUAUAUAUUUGAACAAAAUGCAUGUGCUGGGUUUGGAUGCGGUGUGGGCACGUUUGAGCACAUUUGGGCCAGACAGUGAGGUAAGAGUGUCCAAAGCAGGGCUACAAAACCGAACUGAAAUUUAGCAGAUAAAA